CGCCCCGUCGGCAACGACAGUGCACUGCGACUACAUCCGCAAGAGAAGCAGAACGACUCGAGAGAUGAGGCCGUACACCAAGCUGUUUCUGGCGUUAGCGCUGGCCGUCGUGGUGGCGGCGUGCGUGGUGUCUGCGGCCAAAGGCGACGGCGACGACGAGAACGCCUCCGGCAACGCGGGCCACGAGGGCCAUGGCGGCCGGCACGAGGGUAGAGGUCACCAGCACCACGGCGAGGGCCGCAACUGCAGCCACUCGCACGGCGGGGAAGGCGGCGCCGACCACGGGGGGCGGCCCGGCGGCAGGGGGCACCGGCACCACCACCACCACCACGGCCACCGCGGCCAGCAGGGCGAGCACAGCCACGAGGGUAGCCACGAGAGCCAAGAGAGCCACGAGGGCAGCCACAGCGGCCGCGGAGGACACCAGCACGGCCAAGGCGGCCAGGGCGGCCAGCAAGGGGGGCAGGACGGCUCCCACGCCGGGGAGAACCGCGAGAAUUAUUAGACGACGGAUAACGCCGGCUUCAUUGAAGACACGACCAUACCUAGAGGUCUGCUGUACAUAGAUACAAACUGUUGACGUCAACUGCAACCUAAUAAAAUUACACGUUGUUAGUA